AUGAAUCAUCUUAUGGUUGCAAUAGUGUAUAAGAGAGGUCCUGGUGAGAAGUCUAUCACUACUAACGACCUGGAGGUUGGGGAGAAAACUGUGGUGCAGUUUGAUAUAAAUGUUGGUUGUUCCAUCCAUUCCUACCACAAACACCCAGUGUACCUUCAGUAUUCAAAGGAUGGAGGACUGUCCUGGUUACUAGUGGUGCCACCUUGUGAGGGGGAUGCUUGUGCCCACUCAAGUACAGAUGGCACUGUAUUCUAUAGUGGAACCAGCAAGAAAUGGAGGAGAGUUAUAGUGCCUUUGGCAGGAUUGAAAAUUUGUGGGACUGCACGUUUCCGUUGGUAUCAAGGGUAUUUUGGUGAACGAGAAUUUACCCCGGAGUGGAGCCUGGACAAUGUCUACAUAGGGAAUAGCUGUAGAGAUCACUGCAGUGGACAUGGCACCUGUGUCGCUGGAGUUUUGUGUCAGUGCGAUGAUACAUAUGAUGGAAGCGGCUGUGAAACCGCGAAGGGGAACCCUAAGUACCUGAAGGAUGAUUUCAAUGAUGCAGCCAUCUCAGACAGGAAGUGGGUGUUACACAGUGGGGGCGAGUUGACCAAGAAGUGUGGUCAGUUGGUUACAGGGAAUGCCUUCCACACCACCAGCUCAGGGGUCAGAGGACUGGUCAGCAGGGACCUUGACCUUACUCAGGCCAGUGUUGUCCAGUUUACAAUAAAGCGUGGCUGCAGCCCUGUGACCUCUGACCCCACGACACAGCCAGUGCUCCUGCAGUAUUCCACCAAUGGCGGGAUAUCAUGGACCACGAUGGAAGCAUUCUCGUUCAAUGGCACAUCCAACAUGGCGGAGUAUGUCGCGUUACCAUGGCCAGAGGAAGCCAGAGAGAAGGCUGUCAGAGUGAGAUGGUGGCAGCCCAGUUCUGAUGGAACUUACAGGGAUGAAUGGGCUCUUGACGAUAUAUUUAUUGGUGGUAACAUUAUGGGGGAGGUGGCCCUACAGGAUGACUUUGUUGCCGUGAAAGACACACAUUGGUUGACACUUGCCGGUGGACAACUGCAGACAGGUGUAUGUCACCCUGGCAAAUAUGCCUUACAGUUUUCAGGUGAAGGUACACCGCGGUUUGCAGUCACUUCUGAUAUUGUGGUCAGAGAGAACACAUUUGUACAGUUUGAACUUGCCAUGGGCUGUAACAAGAUGGACAAAUGUUACGGGAUCCGUUUAGAAUAUUCUCUGGACAUGGGGAAGACUUGGUCACUGGUGGCCAGUCACUGCCUGCCGUCCAGUGUGGACUGUGUGUCCUUCCACACUGACACCACAUUCCCGUCAGAUGUGUUCUUUAACUGGAAGAGGGUGAUCUUACCACUGCCUUACUACACUAGGUGA